AGAGACGAAGAGAACGCGUGAUGCACGCAUGCCGCCGCGCGCGUUUUCUUCUCUAUAAAAGCCGCUCUCCUCGUCCCGAAUCGCACCACGCCUUAACUCCUCCGCCGCCGUGUGUCGCCCCCACCGCCGCUUCUCCUCCUCCUCCUCCUCUCUCUCUCCGGCGAGAUCUCCGGCGGUCGGACCACGCGACGCGGGAGAUGACUACUUCAAGGCGCCUUGCUGACAGGAAGACUGCAAAGUUCCAGAAGAACAUUACCAAGAGGGGUUCAGUACCUGAAACUACUGUGAAGAAGGGAAAUGACUAUCCAGUUGGACCUCUUGUGCUUGGAUUCUUCAUCUUUGUGGUCAUUGGAUCAUCUUUGUUUCAGAUAAUCAGGACAGCGACGAGCGGCGGGAUGGCAUGAAAACAGAGCUGAUUGCCUGAUUCAAGAGAUUUGUUAUACAUUGCAUCCGAUCCAAGUGGCAGCGGCAACUAAAAUGUUUGGUGUUGUCAGUGUUUUGAAUGCAUUCUCUAUUCUGAAGUAUCGAGUUACAGUGUUAACAGAAUUACCUGUCUUACAAUGUUGAAUGGAUAGUAAAGUAUUACAUUUAUUUAUACCAUUUAUCUCCAGUU